UGACUCUCGGCCAACAACGAAACCAAAAAGGCUAUACAAAUUCCCCCUUCCUUUCUUCUUUCUCGCUUCUGGCCUCUCCGGGUCUCCUCCUCCAUGCCAUUGCCACCCAACAAGCCAUGGCUUCAACGACGGUGUCGAUCAUGACCGCGGCGGCCACUCUGAGAGGCUCGUGCGCCAGCUUCUCCCUGCUAUUCCUGCUCCUGAUUUCAACAAAAAUCACCACCGCCUUCGCUCUCAACAACGCCUUUCUCAGCGUCAAGUACAAGUACGCCGGCCGCGAGCCUUCCUUGAGCGCCCUUAAAGCUCACGAUAUCCAGCGGACUCUUCGAUUUCUCGCCGACGUUGACCUCCCCUUGGGCGGCUCUGGCCGCCCUGAUGCCGUUGGUUUAUACUAUGCCAAAAUUGGAAUUGGAACACCUACCAAGGACUACUAUGUACAAGUUGAUACAGGCAGUGAUAUUAUGUGGGUCAACUGUAUCCAAUGCAGAGAUUGCCCAAAGAGAAGCACACUUGGGAUUGAUCUUACUCUAUAUGAUUUUAAGCAGUCUUCCACUGGUAAAUUGGUUCCUUGUAAUCAAGAUUUUUGCUUGGACGUAAAUGACGGUCCGCUGUCUGGAUGUACGGCUAAUAUGACAUGCCCUUACCUGCAAAUAUAUGGGGAUGGCAGCUCCACUGCCGGUUACUUUGUCAAGGAUAUUGUGUUUUAUGAUCGAGUGUCCGGUGAUCUUGAAACUACGUCUGCCAAUGGGAGCAUCAUUUUUGGGUGUGGUGCUACACAAUCUGGUGACCUAGGCUCAUCUGGGGAAGGAGCACUUGAUGGAAUACUUGGUUUUGGCAAAUCAAAUUCCUCAAUUAUUUCACAGCUAGCUUCAUCUGGGAAAGUGAAGAAGAUGUUUGCUCAUUGCUUAGAUGGCAAGAAUGGAGGUGGUAUCUUUGCUAUUGGGCGUGUUGUACAACCAAAAGUUAACAUGACUCCCUUGGUACCAAACCAGUCGCACUACAACGUCAACAUGAAAGCAGUUCAAGUUGGCCGUUCUUUUCUAAGUCUUCCAACAGAUGUAUUUGAAUCGGGAGAUAGAAAAGGGACAAUAAUUGACAGUGGUACGACAUUGGCUUAUCUUCCAGAUGUGAUUUAUCAGCCCUUAGUAAGUAAGAUUAUCGCUCAGCAGAAUGAUUUGAAUGUUCAAACUGUUCACGGAGAGUAUACAUGCUUCCAGUAUCCAGGAAGUGUUGAUGAUGGGUUUCCUGUGGUCACCUUUUACUUUGAAAAUUCACUUUCUUUGAAGGUUUAUCCACAUGACUAUUUGUUCACUUACGAAGGCUUUUGGUGUAUUGGUUGGCAAAACAGUGGGAUACAAUCAAGGGAUAGGAAGAACUUGACUCUUUUGGGAGAUUUGGUACUUUCAAACAAGCUAGUCCUGUAUGAUCUUGAGAAUCAAGUCAUUGGAUGGACCGAGUAUAACUGCUCAUCGAGUAUUAAAGUACAGGAUGAACAGAGUGGAACAGUGCACUUAGUAGGUUCCCACUAUAUUUCUUCCUCUUCUGCUUCCUAUUUGAAUACCCGAUGGGCUAUAAUCUUCGUGUUGCUAACCAUGCUGCUGCACAGAGUUUAGUGAAGAGGACAGCUAAAACAAAAUACUGACAGCCAGAUUUCAAGGUAAAGAAAGAAAAUUAAAAAAAAUAGAGAAAAUACUAUGAAAACGGUUUUUGACAUGGUGUAUAGAAAGGUUGUGAUUUUGCGGGUCUAUAUUAACACCGAAGGUGAAAACACAAGCUAGGAUAGACUUAUGGUUUUGAAGCUUCGCUAUGGGUUUAUAUUUUUCUGCCCGUUGUGAAUUUCUGAAGAUUUCUGAGAAUAUUGUAUAUGGUUUUCAAGUCUUGAAUUGUCUCAACUUAGGUCCUGACAUAAUUGUACAUAAGAUCGUUAGUAUA